UCUGUCUCAUGGAAUCCCUGACAUAACUCGCCCGGAAGCCUUCCGCGCGCAACGCCUUGCAGUAUCUGAGCUCUUUCUUUGUCUGAUCUCUUGAGGUGCGCUCCAAACCGGUUCCUCUCCUUCCGACUUUCUCUUCAGCAUCAUCCAUCCGUUCCACCAUCUUGCAAUCAUCAAGCUUCCCACGUUUGCAACUUUGACAAUUAGCGUUCAAGAUGUCGGACAAGGGAUACACCUACAAGAGCCACGGCACCAACAGCUCGGGCAACCACUACUGCGCCCGCGACUAUGGCAACAAUUCCAACUCCGACGGCUCCUACUACUCCUCCAACCCCAACGGCAUCACUUACUACAACAACGGCAGCGGCGGCUCCACUUACACCGCGCCGAGCGGCUACAAAUACUCGUCGGGCUACGGCUCAUCGAGCUCAUCGUCAGGCAGCUCGGGCAGCAGCAAGUAAAUCACUUUGCGCGACGCAAUCGGAUCGCGGAUGUUAGUUGGGAUAGUCUCCACAUGGCGGAGUGACCGGGUCGGUUAGCGUCCCGGGGGUGCCGGGGCGCCACGGGGAUCGGAAGCAUAGCUGAAUUCAGCGGAAUUAUCGCCCUGACUCGUCGGUAUCGUAC